CCUCGAGACAAAUAAAUUGUGGUAUAUAUAUAGAUAUAUCUAUGUAUCUAUAUAUGGAUAUAUAGAUAUAUCUACAAUAAAAUGCUAUACAGCAGUGAAAAUGAAUAAACCAUAGCCAUACGAUCAACACCGAAGAGUUGCACGUUAGUCCUCUACAAAAUGUACAUUUAUAAUAUUCAGCUUUUGCCUUUAUAGUCUGACAGCAGUGUUUGGGUCUUGCUAUUGGUCAGUAUUUCAGCUGUGGUAACAGACGUUAUUGAUGAUGGGAACUGGGCUUUGAGCCACUAGGGAGGGAGGGGCUUCAUCUUGAAUCAAGUCAUCGAUUAAACGCACUGGGCACAAAUCCACAAUGCCAGACAACCUCGCAGGUUUUCCAGGGGCCACUCCCUACCCCCUUCACCUUUUUCCCAGCUAUGGUGGCCCCCUCUCAAUGUCCGCAUGGUCUCGAGAAGCAGCAGAAUGUGCCUACUACGUUCUGCGGCACCGUUUCCCAGGCCUGCAACGUCCGACCACAUCUUGGACCGCCAGCUCCCAUCCCUUGAUUCCCAGGUUCUCGGGAACUUGAGCCCGACCGCCGCGGUCUGUUUCCAAGGUCUGCGCUCCGACCGAAAUUCUCAACUCCGUGCAGACAUCGCCCCCGUGGAGUCCGCGCACCUCUAAACCAGAAACGAAGUGCCUUUUUUUUACAAACCAAACAAAACAAUCAAAGACGCGGUCCCGGCGGAUUAGACCUCAGCAUCUCUCACAGACUCCGUCGCCGCCCAAGGGCAGUCCUACGCCGCCGCGUCCCCGCCUCGCUCUGACGUCAUCCCGACACGCGGAGGCGGCGGUCCGGCUUGAGACGUCAUCUGGUGGCGCCUAAUCGGCCGUUGCUUUCCUGUUGCAGGGAGGAGGCGACCUGGAGAGCCGCGGGGUCCGAGAUCAUGCCUGUCAGAGAGAGGUGUCCUGGACAGCGUAGGACGCUAGGCUUGGGAUGAAAGAAGCAAAGCAGAUGCAAAGCCUGGAGAGCGCGGGGACCGCGCGGUCAGUCAGCACCCAGACUGGCAGCAUGACCGGUCAAACACCGAGGCUUUCUAAAGUCAACCUUUUCACCCUGCUCAGUCUCUGGAUGGAGCUCUUCCCGGCAAGAGAAGCUCACAGGCAGAAAUCUCAGAAAAAUGAAGAGGGACAGCAUGGACCCUUAGGAGAUAAUGAAGAAACGACUAGAGUGUCUUCUGACAAAAAACAGGAGAAGAGAACUGGUCUUGUGGUGGUGAAAAACAUGAAAAUUGUUGGUCUCCACUGUUCUAGUGAAGAUUUACAUGCUGGUCAAAUUGCUCUUAUUAAACAUGGGUCAAGGCUGAAAAACUGUGAUCUUUAUUUUUCCAGAAAACCAUGUUCUGCUUGUUUGAAAAUGGUUGUAAAUGCUGGAGUUAACCGAAUUUCGUAUUGGCCUGCUGACCCAGAGAUAAGUUUGCUUACUGAGGCUUCUUCUAGCUCUGAAGAUGCAAAGUUAGAUGCCAAAGCAGUGGAAAGAUUGAAGUCAAACAGUCGGGCCCAUGUGUGUGUCUUACUUCAACCUUUGGUGUGUUGUAUGGUACAGUUUGUAGAAGAGACCUCUUACAAAUGUGACUUUAUUCAAAAAAUUACAAAAACUUUACCGGAUGCUAACGUUGACUUUUAUUCUGAAUGUAAACAAGAAAGAAUAAAAGAAUAUGAAAUGUUAUUUUUGGUUUCCAAUGAAGAAAUGCAUAAACAAAUACUGAUGACUAUAGGUUUGGAGAACCUGUGUGAAAAUCCAUACUUUAGCAAUCUAAGGCAAAACAUGAAAGACCUUAUCCUACUUUUGGCCACAGUAUCCUCCAGUGUGCCCAACUUUAAACACUUCGGAUUUUACUGUAGCAAUCCAGAACAAAUUAAUGAAAGUCACAACCAGAGUUUGCCACAAGAAAUUGCAAGGCACUGCAUGGUUCAGGCCAGGUUGUUGGCAUAUCGAACUGAGGAUCAUAAAACAGGAGUUGGAGCAGUCAUUUGGGCAGAAGGGAAAUCUACAAGUUGCGAUGGAACAGGAGCUAUGUACUUCGUCGGAUGUGGUUAUAAUGCUUUCCCUGUCGGAUCUGAGUAUGCUGACUUCCCACACAUGGAUGACAAGCAGAAAGACAGAGAAAUAAGGAAAUUCAGAUACAUCAUACAUGCGGAACAGAAUGCCUUGACAUUUAGGUGUCAAGAAAUUAAACCAGACGAAAGAAGCAUGAUUUUUGUGACAAAGUGCCCGUGUGAUGAGUGUGUACCUUUAAUUAAAGGAGCAGGCAUUAGACAGAUCUAUGCAGGGGAUGUCGAUGUUGGAAAAAAGAAGGCAGAUAUCUCUUAUAUGAAGUUUGGAGAACUUGAGGGUGUGAGCAAAUUUACGUGGCAGCUGAAUCCAUCAGGAGCUUAUUGUCUUGAACAAAAUGAGCCUGAAAGGAGAGAAAAUGGUGUGGUCAGACCCGUCCCUCUGAAUGAAGACCAGCACCAACACAAGAAGCUGUGCCUCGGAACCCACUAAGGAGCCUCGCCUGCGCUGGAGGGAAGGAAGGCUCAAGAAGUUUUAUUGCGCUUCUAGAAUUCAGCCUUGUUAUUAAGGGUGGACUUUGUGAAUAACUGAAACAUUUUUUAAGGAAAAUGAUUUAUUACUGGAAUAUGAAUGAUGUUAAUGAGAAUAUUUUUAUUUUAGAUUUGUGUAUUUUCCAAAAUAUAGUAAUGUGUUCUUUCAUUACACUAAA